UUGCAUCUGGUGAUGGAUGAGAGGCUGUUUGAGGCUUCCCGGAAAGAUGAUACAGCUACCUUGUGCAAGCUUCUCGAGGAAGAUCCCAUGAUUCUUGAAGAUUCAAGCAGGCAUGCCUCGGUAGACACUCCUCUGCACAUUGCAUCCUUGCUGGGUCACUCUGAUUUUGUAAGGAAAAUUCUCAACCUGAAACCGGGGUUUGCAAGGAUGGUGAACAGCAAAGGCUACACCAGUCUGCACCUGGCCUCAGCAACCGGCCAGGUUGAAGUAGUGAGAGAACUGUUGAGGUCUGAUUGGGAGAACAAACACGAGCUUUGCAAGCAGAAGGAUAGGAAGGGUAGGACAGCUCUGCACUUGGCGGUGAUCAGGGGGCGAGACAAUGUUGUUGCUGAACUUAUCUCUGCUUGUCCAGAGUCGUCAAGAGAGGUCACGGACACAGGAGAAACGAUCCUGCAUCUGACUGUGAUGAAUGAAAAUGGAUGUCAAGCACUCAAGAAUUUGGUGGAGAGGCUAAAAAACGAGGAGCUGCUGAAUUGGAAAGAUGAGGAAGGCAACACAGUGUUGCACUUGGCUGCAGCAAGAAAACAACACAAG